AUCACAACAAGGAAACUAACCCCAAAGAUGAACCUCGCAUGUCAAAUCUUAGCCAGCUUCCUUCUGAUUUUCGUCUUUUACAUCAAAGGUGAGGUCACUGAAACCAAGCUUGUCUGGGGUGCCCUUGGUCAUGACCUUGACCUGGACUCUGCUGGUUUUCAAAUGAAUGCUAAUAUAGACCAUAUACGAUGGGAAAAAGGCAAAACCAAGGUUGCAGAACUCAAAGCAGGCAUACUUAAAGACACACAUGGAAAAUACAACAUAUCAACAAACGGAUUUCUGAAAAUUAAACAUCUGAUGAUGAAUGACAGCGAUACCUACAAGGUGGAUAUAUAUGAUAAAAAUGGAAAGAAUGUAUUGAAAAGAAUUUAUCAAUUGAGGAUUCAAGAAAAGGUCUCAACACCUAAGAUCCUCUGGAGUUGUGGCAACCAAUCCCUGACCUGUGAGAUAACAAGUGGAACUGACCCUACAUUAAUGCUGUAUGUAAAUCAGACCAUGAUCCAAAGCCUUAUUAACAUGACGAUCGUGCAAUGGAAUUGGACAGCCCAACAGGAAAUGACAGUCAGUUGCACAGCAAAAAAUGAAGUCAGCCGGAAAAGGGAAGUGAAAAUCAUCAAUUGUUCAGAGAAGGGCCUGGACAUCUAUCUCAUUGUUGGCAUUUGUGGAGGAGGCACCAUCUUCAUUAUCUUUAUGACACUACUCAUUUUCUACAUCAACAAGAGGAAAAAACAGAACAGUAGGAGAAAUGAUGAGGAGCUGGGGCCACGAGCACACAGAGUAACCACCAAGGAAAAGGGCCGGAAACCCUGUCAGUUUCCAGGAUCAACUCCUCCAAAUCCAGCUGUGUCCCAACCUCCGCCACCACCUAGUCAUCGGGCCCAGGCCCCUUGUCAUCGGCCCCCGCCUCCUAGCCACCGCGUGCAGCACCACCAGCAGAAGAAGCCUCCUGCUCCAUCGGCCACACAAGUUCACCAGCAGAAGGGUCCUCCCCUCCCUCGGCCUCGAGUUCAACCGAAACCUCCCCAUGGGGCCACUGAAAGCUCGUAACUGUCUCCCAACACAGUUGUCCUCUCCUUCUAAGUAAGAGACAUAGAAAUUGUUCUUUCCCACCAAAAGCACUGUGGAGUUUCCCCCCUGCAGGGGGGCACAUGUGCACUUCCACCAGGUGCAUUAUGCCAGUUAGAAUUAUCACCUCCUGGAGCUGUGGGCCAUGGCCAUGUCUGCAGCUCCUAGCUCAUCCAUGUGCCUUAACACCCGGAGCCUCCAGCCUCCUCACAGAUCCUCAGCAGGCCAGGAAGGGCUAGCAAUACAAGUGCCAGCAUCAGGAUGAUGGGCCACCAAGCACAAAGUUCUAGAGAUCUCCUUGCCUCCCCUUCAGAUCAUGGGCAGACACGGGAUGUCACACUGUACCCGUGCCUCACUGCAAGCGGCCUACCUGCUCGAGAGACCCUCUCGAGGGUUUCUUAUGUGCCUGGUGGACACUUCCCCAUCAUCUUGGGGGUAGAAGUGAA